GAAAGGGGAGGGGAGGAGAGGAGAUGGGAGGACAGGACGGGGCGGGAGGGGAGUGUGUUGGGGCAGUGCGGUGCUGUUGUGGGCUGGCUGGCUGAUGUAAGAGUUGUGAAAACACCAGUAAGACCCUCAAGAUAGUCGGCGCUAUGGGGCCGUACGAGACAGAGACUGGGCGGUCCAGCUGUCCUCCAUGGCUCUACUGUUACCGUGGUAACGUGAUGUCUUAUUAAAUCAUGAUCCUUCUUCCUUCCACUUGUCUUCUGUUUCAUCCCUUUCUCCUAUCUUCCAACUUCUCCUCCCUCCCUCCCUCCCUCCCUCCUCCCUCCCUCCCUCCCUCCCUCCCCCUCCAGUGGGAUGCCAUAACGGAGAUGGACGAACAGAACCGACCUAUCCAUACCUUCCAGGUGUGUCAUGUGAUGGAGUCCAACCAGAACAACUGGCUACGGUCCAACUGGAUCCAGCGCCAGGCAGCACAGAAGGUAUUCUAUAAUAAUAUACAGUAUAAUAAUAAUAAUAAUAAUAAUAAUAAUAAUAAUAAUAAAUAAUAAUAAUAAUAAUACUUUUUAAAAAAUGGAAACUUUCCUAAAAUUCCCCAGUUUCCAGAAAUCCCGGUUGGAGUAUAUCCAUUUUACAUUUACAUUUGAGUCAUUUAGCAGACACUCUUAUCCAGAGCAAUUAGGGUUAAGUGCCUUGCUCAAGGGCACAUCGACAGAUUUUUCACCUAGUCGGCUCAGGGAUUAGAACCGGCGACCUUUCAGUUACUGGCACAACGCUCUUAAUCACUAAGCUACCUGCCGCCCCCCCCCGAUCCGUAAUCAGGAGCGAAUAAACAGGGAAGAAAUCAUGCAACAAGGAUUUUCUGAAAACCUUAAGAAAAGUUCCUGAAAUGUGCAACCUUAUAUAUCCACUGAAAAUGUUUACUGCAGGUAUCUUCGGAUGACAACGUCAGCUUCAGUGACCCCUGCUGUGUUACUUCUGCAGGUAAUAGUAGCGGUGUGUUGUGUGUGUGACCUUCAGGUGUACGUGGAGCUGCGGUUCACCCUGAGAGACUGUAACUCCAUACCCUGGGUGCCAGGCACCUGCAAGGAGACCUUUAACCUCUUCUAUUUCCAGACCGACGAGCCGCACCCCGCCGCCACGCGCUUCAGACCUGCCGACUACGCCAAGGUCUAAUGUUAUAUCAUAUUUUGUGCUUUCCUUCUUAUUGACAAGGUGUUCUUAUUAUAAUUUUUUUUUUACCCUUAUUUUACCAGGUUAGUUGACUGAGAACACGUUCUCGUUUACAGCAACGACCUGGGGAAUAGUUACAGGGUAGAGGAGGGGGGGGGGGGGGGGGAUGAAGAAUGAGCCAAUUGGAUGCUGGGAAUGAUUAGGUGUGUCAUGAUGGUAUGAGGGCCUGAUUGGACAUUUUAUCCAGGACACCGGGGAUUAACACCCCUACUCUUGUGAUAAAUGCCAUCUUUAAUGACCGAAGAGAGUCAGGACACCCGUUUAAUGUCACAUCCGAAAGAUCCCACCCUACACAGGACCAUGUCCCCAAUCAUUGCCUUGGAACAUUGGGAUCUCCUUAGACCAGGGGGGAGGGUGCCUCGUACUGGCCCUCCAACACCCCUUCCAGCAGCAUCUGGUCUCCCAUACAGAGGCAAUCCAGCAGUGGGAUGCAGGGUGGUAUGCUGCUGGGCUUUUUGACAUUGUGUUCUUCCCUUUCACAUACCUUAUUUACAUUGUAUUAUUGUUGUGUCAGACAAAACAAUACACGACUCUGUCUCUGUCUCUGUCUCUCUGUCUCUCUGUCUCUCUGUCUCUCUCUCUCUCUCUCUCUCUCUCUCUCUCUCUCUCUCUGUCUCUCUCUCUCUGUCUCUGGUUCUAGUCCGCUCUCUCUCUCUCUCUCUCUCUAUCUUGUCUCUGUCCAGGUCUCUCGCUCUCGGCUCUCUCUCUUCUCUCUCUUCUCUGGUCUCUCUGUCUCUGUCUCUGUCUUCUGUCUAGGUCUCUGUCUCUGUCCUCUCUCUCCCUCGUCUUUUCUCUGCUCUGUCUCUCUCUCUGCUCUCUCUCUCUCUCCCUUCCUCUCUUCUCUCUCUCUCUCUCUUCUUCUGUCGGUCAUGGUCAUCUCUCUUCUCUCUCUCGGCUUCUCUGUCUCUCCGCUCUAUCUCUCUCUAUCUCUCUGUUCUCUCUUCUCUAUCUCCCUAUCUCCCUCUUUCUCUUUCUCUUUCUCUCUCUCCCUCUCUCUCUCCCUCUCUCCCUCUCCCCUCUCUCUCUUUCUUUCUCUCUCUCUGUUCUGAUUGGGCUAAUUCACUUAUUUUGAUUGACUAUUUUAUAGCUGUUGCACUGUUUAAGAGGAUAGCUAUUUUUAUAGCUGUUGCACUGUUUAAGAGGAAAUCUAUUUUUAUAGCUGUUGUUUAAGAAGAGAGCAAUUUUUAUAGCUGUUGUUGAAGAGGAGAGCUUUCAAGCAUAAGCAUUUCAUUGUACUGUGUACACUACUACGCUGUAUCCCGUGACGGAUUAAAAAAAAAAUAUGAUUUGAUUUGAAGGUGGACACCAUUGCUGCCGAUGAGAGCUUCACACAAACGGACCUGGGCGACCGCGUUCUCCGUCUCAACACGGAGGUCAGUUUGGUUGAAUAUAUUAUAUAUAUUAUAACAAUAUAAUAAUAUAUAUAUUCAUUAUAUUGUUAUAUUUUAUUUAUUUGUAUUAUAUUUUAGUUCUCUUUUUGUCUCAUUGUGUUCUCUUGCUAUAUUCAUUACUACUUUUUUAAAUGAUCUUUUCAUUACAAUUGUCUUUUUUUUUCUUUGAUCAGGGUUUACACAAACAACAAAUCGAAGUGCGCUACACAGACUGAGUACAGAGAGUUAAGUAAAAAUACAGUAAAAAUACAGUAAAAAAUACAGUAAAAAUACAGUAAAAAAUACAGUAAAAAAUAUUACAAAAAAGGAGCUGUCAUAACGUAAAAAAGACAGCAGUAUCAUUUAUAUGGGGUUGUUUGGGCAUUUAUGGGAGGCGUUCUACAUACGACCACAACGGUGACCAGAUUUUCCAGAACUUUUCAGUCCUCUGGUGCAGGUCAAAAGUUAGUUUUUCUAGCUGACGGUAUUUCGGGUGUGGACCACAAAAACAAAAUUAAUAGUUUGGCUAAAUACAUUCAUUCGGGAAAGUAUUCAGACCCCUUGACUUUUUCCACAUUUUGUUACGUUACAGCCUUAUUCUAAAAUGGAUUAAAUAAAACAAUUUCCUCAUUAAUCUACACACAAUACCCCAUAAUGACAAAGCAAAAACAGGUUUUUAUAAGUUUUUUUGAAAUGUAUAAAAAACAGAUAGCUUAUUUACAUAAGUAUUCAGACCCUUUGCAAUGAGACUCGAAAUUGAGCUCAGGUGCAUCCUGUUUCCAUUGAUCAUCCUUGAGAUGUUUCUACAACUUGAUUGGAGUCCACCUGUGGUAAAUUAAAUUGAUUGGACAUGAUUUGGAAAGGCACACACCUGUCUAUAUAAAGUCCCACAGUUGGCAGUGCAUGUCAGAGCAAAAACCAAGCCAUGUGGUCGAAAGAAUUGUCCGUAGAGCUCCGAGACAGGAUUGUGUCGAGGCACAGAUCUGGGGCAGGGUACCAAAAUAUUUAUUCAGCAUUGAAGAUCCCCAAUUACACAGUGGACUCCAUCAUUCUUAAAUGGAAGAAGUUUGGAACCACCAAGACUCUUCCUAGAGCUGGCCGCCCGGCCAAACUGAGUAAUCGGAGGAGAAGGGCCUUGAUCAGGGAGGUGACCAAGAACCCGAUGGUCACUCUGACAGAGCUCCAGAGUUCCUCUGUGGAGAUGGGAGAAGCUUCCAGAAGGACAACCAUCUCUGCAGCACUCCACCAAUCAAGCCUUUAUGGUUGAAUGUGCCAGACGGAAGCCACUCCUCAGUAAAAGGCACAUGACAGCCCAAUUGGAGUUUGCCAAAAGGCAGCUAAAGACUCUCAGAUCAUGAGAAACAAGUUUCUCUGGUCUGAUGAAACUAAGAUCAAUGAAGCAUGGUGUUGGCAGCAUCAUUCUGUGGGGAUGUUUUUCAGCGGCAGGGACUGGGAGACUAGUCAGGAUCGAGGGAAAGAUGAACGGAGCAAAGUACAGAGAUAUCCUUGAUGAAAACCUGCUCCAGAGCGCUCAGGACCUCAGACUGGGGCGAAGGUUCACCUUCCAACAGGACAACGACCCUAAGCACACAGCCAAGACAACGCAGGAGUGGCUUCGGGACAAGUCUCUGAAUGUCCUUGAGUGACCCAGCCAGAGCCCGGACUUGAACCCAAUCGAACAUCUCUGGAGAGACCUGAAAAUAGCUGUGCAGCGACGCUCCCCAUCCAACCUGACAGAGCUUGAGAGGAUCUGCAGAGAAGAAUGGGAGAAACUCCCCAAAUACAGGUGUGCCAAGCUUGUAGCGUCAUACCCAAGAAGACUCGAGGCUGUAAUCGCUGGCAAAGGUGCUUCAACAAAGUACUGAGUAAAGGGUCUGAAUACUUAUGUAAAUGUGAUAUUUCAGUAAAAAAAAAAUAUAUACAUUUGCAAACAUUUCUAAAAACCUGUUUUUGCUUUAUCAUUAUGGGGUAUUGUAUUGUUUAAAAGGAUGGCAGUGCCUCAUUUGAACUAAAAUAUGAACAUUUAGAGAAUAACUUCCCCUUUAGUGCAUCACAAAACUUUUUUUUUUUAAAGUAGGAGGAAGCUUGCGCAACCCUGAACUAAAAUACAACGUAAAAGUAACAUUUAGGGGAAAAAAACGCUGCCGAGUCCCCAAACGAAACGGCAAAAACAGAACCUAGUUUUUCUGUCACGUUACUAACAGGAACUCCACUAAGGGUUUAAGAAGAGAUCAAUAUCGAUCAAUAUAUUGAUUAGACCUAUACAUUUAUUUUAUUUAUUUUAUUUCACCUUUAUUUAACCAGGUAAGCCAGUUGAGAGCAAGUUCUCAUUUACAACUGCGACCUGGCCAAGAUAAAGCAAAGCAGUGCGAUAAAAACAACAACACAGAGUUACAUAUGGGGUAAACAAAAACAUAAAGUCAAAAAAUACAACAGAAAAUAUAUAUACAGUGUGUGCAAAUGUAGCAAGUUAUGGAGGUAAGGCAAUAAAUAGGCCAUAGUGCAAAAUAGUUACAAUUUUCGUCUCCUUGAGAUGAGCGUACUUUGGUGCAAAAAAGUGCAAAUCAAUCCCAGAACAACAGCAAAAGGACCUUUUGAAGAUGCUGGAGGAAACAGGUACAAAAGUAUCCACAGUAAAACGAGUCCUAUAUCGACACAACCUGAAAGGCGCUCAGCAAGGAAGAAGCCACUGCAAGGAAGGCCCUAAAAAUUGUCAAAGACUCCAGCCACCCUAGUCAUAGACUGUUCUCUCUGCUACCACACGGCAAGCGGUACCGGAGUGCCAAGUCUAGGUCCAAAAGGCUUCUCAACAGCUUCUACCCCCAAGCCAUAAGACUCCUGAACAGCUAAUCAUGGCUACCCGGACUAUUUGCAUUGUCCCAACCCCACCCCCACCCCCACCCCCCUCUUUUACGCUGCUGCUACUCUGUUAAUUAUUUAUGCAUAGUCACUUUAACUCUACCCACAUUUACAUAUUACUUCAACUACCUCAACUAGCCGGUGCCCCCGCACAUUGACUCUGCACCGGUACCCCCCUGUAUAUAGCCUCCCUACUGUUAUUUUAUUUUACUGCUGCUCUUUAGCUAUUUGCUUUUAUUUUAUUUUUUUCUUAAUUAACACUUUUUUAUUUUGCAUUUUUCUUUAAAAAACUGCAUUGUUGGUUAAGGGCUUGUAAGUCAGCAUUUCACUGUAAUGUCUACACCUGUUGUAUUCGGCGCAUGUGUCAAAUACAAUUUGAUUUGAUAUGCUCCAAAACCGCCAUAAAAAAGACAGACUACGGUUUGCAGAUAGUCCGGGUAGCUAUUUGGUUAGCAGUCUUAUGGCUUGGGGGUAGAACAGGGUCCUGUUGGUUAGUGCAUCGGUACCGCUUGCCAUGCGGUAGCAGAGAGAACAGUCUAUGACUUGGAUGGCUGGAGUCUUUGACACUUUUUAGGGCCUUCCUCUGACACCGCCUGGUAUAGAGUUCCUGGAUGGCAGGAAGCUUGGCCCCAGUGAUGUACUGGGCCGUACGCACUACCCUCUGUAGCGCCUUGUGGUUGGCUGCCAAGCAGUUGCCAUACCAAGUGGUGAUGCAGCCAGUCAGGAUGCUCUCAGUGGUGCAGCUGUAUAACUUUUUGAGGAUUUGAGAGCCCAUGCCAAAUAUUUUCAGCCUCCUUAGGGGGAAGAGGCGUUGUCGUGCCCUCUUCACGACUGUGCUAGUGUGUGUGGACCAUGAUAGAUCCUUAGUGAUGUGGACGCCGAGGAACUUGAAGCUCUCGUCCCGCUCCACUGCAGCCCUGUUGAUGUGGAUGGGGGCGUACUUGGUCCUCCGUUUCCUGUAGUCCACGAUCAGCUCCUUUGUCUUGCUCACGUUGAUGUAGAGGUUGUUGUCCCGGCACCACACUGCCAGGUCUCUGACCUCCUCCCUGUAGGCUGUCUCAUCGUCGUCGGUGAUCAGGCCUACCACCGUCGUGUCGUCAGCACGCACCCCUGAGGGACCCCCGUGUUGAGGGUUCAGCGUGGCGGAUGUGUUGUUGCCUACCCUCACCACCUGGGGGCGGCCCCUCAGGGAGUCCAGUUACAGAGGGAGGUGCUCUGUCCCAUGGUCCUAAGCUUAGUGAUGAGCUUGGGGUGUGGACUAUGGUGUUGAACGCUGAGCUGUAGUAAAUGAACAGCAUUCUCACGUAGGUGUUCCUCUUGUCCAGGUGGGAAAGAGCAGUGGAGUGAAAUCAACUGUGGAUCUGUUGGGGCGGUAUGCGAAUUGGAGUGGGUCCAGGGUGUCUGGGAUGAUGGUGUCGAUGUGAGCCUGACUCCUGCCUUGUGAAGGGGGGAUUUCACAUCUUUGCAUGCAGCUCUGCGUCUUGCCAGGUCUGUAGAGUAGUCUGGGAAGAUAUGGAUCCGUGUGCCGUUGUAGUCAGCUGUCCUCUUUCGCAAGAGGUCCUAAGAAUUGUAUCUUUGGCAGAAAUGCAUAGCUCUGGUAGGGCGGUCGGAUUGUGGUUCUGUCAAUGACGGAGGGGUCUGUCAAAGGUCUCUCCACCGAGAACAUCCUGCAGGAAAGAGGCCAUAAACUCGGUAGGAUUGCGGCCCUCUGCCCCUUCUGGUAUGCCGACCAUGCUAUGUUCUGUCUCCGGGAAAGUUUUUUCUUGUUCAUCAGCCUUAAGCUUCACAUUCUCUGUGAUAAGUGUGUUGUAUUUGGCCUCCAGCUCAGUUAGCCCUUCGUCGAUGUUAGUCAUCGAGGUUUCCAAAAGUUAUUGAUUGUUUGCGCUUGGGUGGAGACAGUUUCUUGCAAAGUCGCCACUGUUGACCGGAGGUCUGUCAUAAUUUCAGCUCGUAAACCUGACAGAGAAGAACAGAGUUCGGCCAUUAAAGCAGAACGUAGUGUAGACAUUUCUGUGCAAAGUGGUGGAGAGCAUCUUUGUGGCAUUGUCCGCCAUCUUGCUGCUAACUCUUGUUUGGUUCCACAGCCACGUCCCAGACAUAUCACAAAACUUGUUACUAAAUACAGUAGAUGUGCUAAGUGUAAAAAACGAAUUACUGCAAAACUCUUUCGGAAAAUGAAAAAGGUUUAAGGCAUGAAAAUAUGGACUCUUAGCGGCGAGGCCUCGGCACACGUCUUUACGUGUUGUUGAAACCGUGCUCCCUGUUACUACUUUAUGAAUAGUAAUAAUAUCAUUGUACUGUGUCGCCUACGCUGUACUCUAAGCAUAUGACAAAAUAAACGUUCAUUUGAUUUGAGGUCCGAGAGGUCGGCCCCGUGACCCAGAAGGGCUUCUACCUGGCGUUCCAGGAUGUGGGGGCGUGUAUCGCCCUGGUCUCCAUCAAGGUGUUCUAUAAGGUAUUGUCUAUCCAUUCAUCCAUAUGUCCAUCCCAUCAAUCCAUAUGUCCAUCCAUCCAUCCAUCCAUCCAUCCAUCCAUCCAUCCAUCCAUCAUCCAUAUCCAUGUCCAUCCAUCCAUCCAUCCAUCCAUCCAUCCAUCCAUCCAUCCAUCCAUCCAUCCAUUCCAUCCAUUCCAUCCAUCCAUCCAUCCAUAUGUCCAUCCAUCCAUCCAUCUAUCAUCCAUCCAUCCAUCCAUCCAUCCAUCCAUCCAUCAAUCCAUCCAUCCAUCCAUAUGUCCAUCUAUCCAUCCAUCCAUAUGUCCAUCCAUAUGUCCAUCUAUCUAUCCAUCCAUAUGUCCAUCUAUCUAUCCAUCCAUAUGUCCAUCCAUCCAUCCAUCUAUCCAUCCAUCUAUCAUCCAUCCAUCCAUCCAUAUGUCCAUCUAUUCAUCCAUCCAUAUGUCCAUCUAUCCAUCCAUAGCUCAUCAUGUCAUCCACCAUCUAUCAUCCAUCCAUCCAUCCAUCCAUCCAUCAUCCAUCCAUCCAUCCAUCCAUUAUCCAUCCAUCCAUCUAUCAUCCAUCCAUCCAUCCAUCCAUCUAAACUAUGUACUAACUACUCUCCAUCUGUCUCCUUAUCUAAGCGCUGUCCAUCCACUCUGAGGAACUUGGCAGCGUUCCCAGCCACGGUGCCGAGGGUUGACUCCUCCUCGCUGGUGGAAGUGCGGGGGGCGUGCGUGGAGAACGCAGAGGAGAGGGACACGCCCAAACUGUACUGUGGGGCGGACGGGGACUGGCUGGUUCCUCUGGGGCGA